GAGAUGGCCGCCGCGCGCGCAGAGUCACGCGUGCCGGCAUUCCGCCGCGGUGCAUUGUGGGGGGAGCAGCAGCAGCAGCCAGGGCCCGGCCGUGACGCGGCAGAAACAGCAGCAGCAGCCGCCGGUGUGUGAGAGACUGAGCGCUACACGGAGCUGCUGAACAUGGUGGGAGUGAAGGUGAUCGGGGCCGACGCCGACUUCCAGCCUGAGCUGAGCGCUGCCGGCUCCCGGCUAUGUGUGGUCAAGUUCACCAUGAGAGGGUGUGCCCCAUGUGUGAGGAUAGCUGCGGUGUUCACGUCUCUGAGUAAUAAGUACCCACAAGCCGUCUUUCUGGAAGUAGAUGUCCACGUGUGCCAAGCAACAGCUGCUGCCAACAAUAUAUCUGCGACUCCCACGUUUUUAUUCUUCCGAAAUAAAGUAAAAAUUGAUCAGUACCAAGGAGCCGACGCUGCUGGAUUAGAAGAGAAAAUCAAACAACACUUAGAGAACGAUCCAGGGAACAACGAGGACAACGAUAUUCCAAAAGGCUACAUGGAUUUAAUGCCGUUUGUAAACAAAGCUGGAUGUGAAUGUCUUAAUGAAAGCGAUGACAACGGAUUUGAAAACUGUUUACGGAAAGAUACGACGUACCUAGAAUCAGACUGUGAUGAGCAGCUCCUGAUCACUGUAGCUUUUAACCAGCCCGUUAAGUUGUACUCCAUGAAACUCCAUGGUCCAGAUAAUGGGCAAGGUCCAAAGUAUGUAAAAAUCUUCAUAAACCUCCCUCGGUCGAUGGACUUUGAUGAAGCAAUGAGGAGUGAACCCACUCAAGCCUUUGAAUUGACAGCAGAUGAUAUUAAAGAGGAGAGCAUUAUACAGCUACGCUAUGUAAAGUUUCAGAAUGUAAACAGUGUAACGCUAUUUGUCCAGUCCAAUCAGGGUGAUGAGGAGGCUACAAGAAUCUCAUACUUUACUUUUAUUGGGACCCCGGUACAGGCUACAAAUAUGAACGACUUCAAGAGAGUUGUAGGAAAGAAAGGAGAAAGCCACUGAGAAGACUGCGCUCAUUUCGGAAAGACGAUGGGACAUUCUGGGUCACCGGGACAAGUGUUGUCUUCAAGAGAAUUAAUGUUUCAGUCAGAAUAUUACCAAUAAAUCAUUGCUUUUUGUUACGUCGCGUUUCAUAACCAUGAUUUUAUUUAAAAUCGGGCUAUUCACAUUUGUAAAUAAAUAAGACUACUUUUGCCAAAUUA